CGUCAUGUGACAUACAGGAAGUAGCAGGCAGCUAAACAGUAGCCAUGAAGAUACAAGUAACCUAGCUCAUAGAGAAAAAAAAGUGCCUCCGCGUCAUAAAGAAGUACAGUAGGAGUUUAAAGACUAGUGUCGAGAAGCCAAUGUAACCAACAUGGACGGAGCUCUCAGAAUCGUCCUUUUCUCCGUCGUUUUCUUGGUGUCUCAGAUACAUUGCCAAGAAGCGAUCUUACACAUCUCCGGUGAUAGUACUGAUCGUGAUUACUGCAUCGUUUACAAUCAGUCCUGGACUCCUCUUUCAGAAACUCUUGAUAAUGCAACGCAGUACCCACUGGUGAACCUGACCUCCACUGUGCUGUGUAACGCCUCAGGGGUCAGUCCAGAUGUGGUAAAAGGAAAGGCGGUGGUGGUGUUGAGAGGCGACUGUAAUUUCAGCCAGAAAGCUCUUGUUGCUCAGAGCCUCGGUGCUACAACUUUGCUCAUUGCCAGCGACCAAGUAAUGGUAACUCCUUCUGCCAAUGCCUCAGAGUAUGCAAAGGUAAAGAUUCCUCUGGCCCUCAUGAGGCACAGGGACUUCCUGGAAGCACAGCAGGUGUUUGGCGAAGAGAUGCAGGUGAAACUGUACGCUCCGCCUUACGCAAAGAUUGACCCGAGCAUUGCCGUCAUCCUGCUGAUUGCCAUGGUCACCGUCGUCCUGGGGGGCCUCUGGAGCGGGGCGUGCGAAAAGGACCGGUUGAACAGUGGUACUGCAGGUAGAGGAGGUGGAGAAAGCAAAGCAGACAGCGGAGAGCUUUCCCUCUACUCCCCUCUCAAAGUGGUCAUCUUUGUUGCCAUGAUGUGUGGGAUGCUUGUCCUCAUGUACUUUUUCUACAACAUCCUUGUUUACGUCAUUAUUGCCAUAUUCUGCCUUGCGUCUGCGUCUGCGUUGUUCAGCUGUCUGGAUGCAGUGAUGGACAAAAUGGGUUGUGGCACUUUGAGUUUUUCUGUCCGAAAUUGGAACUUCUCCGUGAGGUCUAUUGUGCUGGCCGCCGUGUGCAUCACCAUUGCUGUGAUCUGGGGAGUGUACAGAAAUGAAGACAGGUGGAUCUGGAUCCUGCAGGACCUCCUUGGCAUCGCCUUCUGCCUCAACUUCAUGAAGACCAUUUCACUGUCCAAUUUCAAGAUCUGCGUGAUACUGCUGACCCUCCUGCUUGUGUAUGACGUCUUCUUUGUUUUCAUCACUCCUUUCUUCACCAAGAAUGGAGUCAGCAUCAUGGUGCAGGUUGCCUUGGGCCCGGAUGCCUCCGGAGAGAAGACACAAGGUAACAUGGUGGAGAUCCCCGCUGAACCCCAGGCUCCCACUGAGAAACUGCCUGUGGUGAUGCGUGUCCCGCGGUUCUCUGCCUGGGCUCAGAACCUGUGUGUGAUGCAGUUCUCUAUUCUGGGUUACGGAGAUAUCAUCAUCCCAGGUCUCCUGGUGGCGUACUGCAGCAGGUUUGAUGUUUGGGUCAACAGUCCCAAGAGGAUCUACUUCGUCAGCUCCUGCAUAGCUUACUAUGUGGGAAUGAUACUGACAUUUGCUGUGAUGCUGCUGUCGGGGAUGGGCCAGCCCGCCCUGCUCUACCUAGUGCCCUUCACCCUGAUCACCUCUGCCGUGUUGGCAGCGUGCAGGGGAGAGAUGAGGACCUUCUGGGCAGGAACCACGUACGAGGUCUUGGACUCAUCACGGGAACCUUUGCUACCAGAGGGAAGAACUGUCCACGCCGUAGACGGUGAAAGAUGCUGACUUACAGUGUUGACCCAGAACCCAACUGCUGGAUGCUUGUUGUUGUUAUUUUUUUUUUUUUAAAUCACAUUUUAAUACUACACUUACCAAGCAAGGGAUUGCCUGUUAUUGAUCAAAAUAUUCUUAAAACAACAGGUUGAUUUGAUUGACCUGAACGGUUGGGAUGUUAAUAAAUGCUGUGUAGGUGGAACAAAUGUAAUUAUAACACUUGUUUAGUGCCUGAGAGAUAUGUUAGGUUAAUUUUCAGAAAACUGUAAUGACUUUUGCCUUUUGUGAUGAUUGCGUACAAAAAAUUGAGAACGCACUUUAUAAUAUUCUGCUUCUUGAGUGUUUCGUUUGGAGAAGAGUGGGGGUCGGGUUUAAUUUACUCGUAGCUGCAGCGAGAUGCAUUUUGAUAACUGGGGUUUCUGUGUAACCCGUUUGUAAGAUGUGAUUUCUUUCAUUGCCUUAUAUUAAAAAAAAGGACUUCUAUUUAA